UUUCCAGUUCGGGGAUGUGUGAAGAGACGCUCCAAGCAGCGAAGCAGCAAAAGCAGGGGUAGAUAGGGAGUGAAUGAAUUACGGUGCAGUAAAGCGCACCGAUGUUAACAGAUGGCUGGGGGCCUUCAAACCGAUUGUCUCUUUACAGAGCAAAGACAAAGAGCUGCAGAGGCCGGCAGUCCCCAACAACUGGAUCAGCCCUAAUUAGAGCCUGACAAAGAGAGGGAGAGUGUGUUAAGUGCUGUGUGUGUCAGAGACCGAGAGAGAGAGCGAGAGUGAGAGAGCAUACAAACGAAGCGCCUCCACUCCUUUUUUCUUCUUUUCCUCCAGAAGCUCAAUCAGGGUGCAGUAGAAAGUCUGUACUCUGUUUAUUCACAGACAAACUCUCCAGCCAUGCUCUGCUGCCAGCUACUUUUGGGGUUUUCAUCUUUGUGUGGGUGAGAUGUUGCCAAAUCUGAUUAUUUUGACGUGUUUCCUGACUCUUCGCUGUGCAGCUGAUUUGUGCAACUGGACUGGAAGCGGUUUUGCAGCUGGCGUGGACUCCAGGAUUGUACUCCAGGUGCGGCUACGCUGUUCAAAGGGCUCUGUGAGGUGGGUCUACCCGGGUCAGGCUGUCAGAGUGGUUCUCGAACCCAAUCUGUCGUCCGCCCGGCACACCACCAUCUGCAUCAAACCGUCUCCCUCCUUCAGCGGAGCCAGCGUGUUCAUUGAACGCGCCGGGGAGCUGGAGUUGCUGGUGACGGACAACGGGAGGCCGGAGUAUCAAGUGUUCUGCUUCCGCGCAGACGGACCUCACAAGCCCGUAAUCUACCUCCAGGCCAGUCCUCAGAGUGAUGGACCCUGGAACAGACGCACGGUGGGCUUCAAAUACGAGCUGCUGGGCAACAGGACUGCUGCUGCGCCAAACCUCGGCCCCAGUGGGCUGGAGACUUCAUGUCGACCCUGCAACGACACAGAACUUCUCAUGGCCAUCUGCAACAGUGACUUUGUCAUUCGAGGCUGUAUUAAAAACGUCACCCAUGACUCUCAGCGUCAAAUGUCCUUAGUGGAGGUAUCAGCAGCGAAGGUGUACUGGCAGCGCAGUGGAGUGUUUGAGCGACAGCUGGAUCCGCUGGUGUCAUCUCUGUCUUGGCACGGACACAUCCACACACUCCUGCAGUGCCGCGUCAAGCCUGGAGAAGGAGAGUUUCUCUUCACUGGGUCAGAACACUUUGGGGAAGCUUGGUUAGGGUGUGCCCCACGAUACAAAGACUUCCUGUCUGUCUACCACAAUGCCCGAACGGCACGCCGGAAUUCCUGUGACUUUCCUUUAGACUGAGGAGGUGCGUGUUGCUUUACUCAGCUGAGUAAUCUAACCACAAGCAUCACCCCUGCACUGGUGCCCUUUGGAUCCUUCCUGUCAUGUUCCACCAAGGUGGCACCAGCAGGGGAAAAGCAAUUGAAAUGCUGGUGAAAAAAACUCAUUUGGAAGAGGAGAACAGGGCUAAGCAGCAGGGCCUCCUGCACUGCAGCUCAGAGAGGGCCAGCCUUUGUCUCGCUCCCAUCACUGCCCUCGGUCCUGGGAGAAUAAGGAGGGGUUGGGUUGCUGCUCUCUUUUUGUGCCUCUCCCUGCAUCAACUGUUGUUCAUUUUGCUGCCUCUCUGUGACGGUUGCCCUAUGAACUGAGGCAGGAGGGUGGAAUGAAGCACAGCCAUGUAUUCCUGCCAGUUUUGCUUUGGUGAAUAGGGGUUUGCAUAUAUGAUUGUAUAAGAUGUGCAUUUUACAGUUUAUAAAAUUUUAAAAUCAUGUUUUGUUUACUCAUAUCACAUUUUCUGCAGCUGGAAAUGUUUGCAGUAGACAUUUGAUUUCAUUUUCUUUCUUUUUUGG